UUAGCUUUCUGUAAGUUACGGAUUCCGCGCCUGUGUUACGUUCCGUGUUUUAGCAAAACCCUUUUUUUUCACAUCAUGGCCGAGCAGUUAAAUCUAUCAAAUUUCGAAGAUGCUCGUUGCUAUCUUCGUAAAUUGCGAGAGGAUCAAAUCCGAGAUGCUGCCAUGGUUGUACAGAUUUGGGAAGAUGUACUCAUGAACUAUGCUUAUAAUUUAGGAGAUGAAUUGUGGUUAAUAUAUGAACAAGUGUGCAUAGCAGCUUUAGAUUGCCAGAGAUCUGAUCUUGUUAUGGUAUGUAUAGGUGAACUUGAAAAUAAAUUCCCCAAAAGUCUACGAGUGACUCGUUUGAAAGGCAUGUUAUAUGAAGCACAAGAUAGGUAUGAGAAGGCUCAACAGCUAUAUGAACACAUUUUAGCUGAAGAUGAAACUAAUAUGUUUGCUCGCAAAAGGCAGGUUGCAAUUCUGAAGGCCCAAGGCAAGACUGCUGAGGCAAUCAACAAGCUAAAUGAUUAUUUAAAGGAGUUUAUGACUGAUUUUGAAGCUUGGAUGGAACAGUGUGACUUGUAUAUAGCUGAGAAUGAUUAUGCUAAAGCUUCUUUCUGUAUGGAGGAGUUGAUAUUAUCUAAUCCUCACAAUCAUCUCUACCAUCUGAAAUAUGCUGAGAUUAAAUAUACACAAGGUGGUCCUGAAAACCUUGAAAUAGCCAGAGCAUAUUUCAGUGAAGCUGCAAAACUAAAUCCACACAAUCUGCGCAGUUUAUUUGGAUUGUUAAUGACUGCAAGUGGUUUAGCUGUUUACCAUUCAAAGAAUUCCAAAGAAAGACAAGCUAACACAAAAUAUGCUAUGUGGGCUGCAGAGCAGAUCAAUGAAGUCUAUGGAAAUGAAUUGACGAAAAGCCAAAUAUCUAAUAUGAAAAUCACAGAAACUAUAGAGAAAUUGUUAGGAGAAAUCUCAGCCAAGACAACAAACUGAUAUUAUCAACGUUUUUCUAGAAACUCACAAUUGUUUGUGUCUGUGUGUAUCUAUCUACCCAUCUAUAUCUAAUUAUCUAUCUACCUACCUGUCUAUAUGUGUGUGUGAGUGUGUGUGAGAGAGAAGAGAGAGAGAUAGGAAGAUUUACUGACAUGUGGUGUCUGAUGCUAGUGGCCUGUUUGCUGGAUCCUAUCCUCACCCAGAUUUAUAUUACGAGUAUGGUUGUUUUUGUAAGGUUGUGUGACUGAUAUUAUGAUUAUAUUAUGAUUAUUAUUAUUACUAACCACUUGUGUGUGAGCAUGAUGGAAUUGGCAGCUGCAGCAGCACUAACUGUUGGACAACAAUAUUAUGUAUGACUACUAUGGUAGUCAAUUUGGACUGUUCAUAAUUGAAAUGUGCUCUUUCAAUACUGUAAGAGUCUUUUUGUUAUUCCUAUUAACUCAUUAGUAAUCAAUUUACAUAAAUAUUCUCUACACCCUU